GUUCUUUUGUGGUCGAAACCGUUUUCUCGACCGUUUUGACAUUGCAAUCUUCGCCGGACGCGCGACGACGGGGGCCGAUGGUGGUGGAAGGCUGCGAGAGCGACUGCCGUGCGUCAGGAUCCGUGCUGAGAAGCAUGUGCUACCGACUGGACCUUGUUGAGAAGAAGACCGUGGAGGGGGCAGGGUCGUGCAAAACCAUCGCGUUCAACUUGAAAGAGCUCGCGUCGGCGGAAGACCGGCAUGCGAAAGCGUACCAAAAGAUUCAAGAAGCCUUGCAGAACGUCCCGAACAUGUACGCGUUUAUCUCGUGGUGUCAGUGACCUCACACAAACACCCCCACGAUCAGCAAGAGUGGCAACGUCGCGCCCGUUCUCAAGACUUGGCACAAUGCGCUGAUGAAGCAUGCCGUCGACACGUCCACGACCAAGCGGCGUUUCGCCACGUCGUUGAUGACGAACGUUGUGAAUCCUCUGCAGGACCAUGUAAACCAGUACCGAAAUCAAACGCGCCAAGUAUUUUUUGAAAUGCGGUCGUCGUACGAGGUGCUCGGUACGCAUUUUGUUGUUGCUCGCGUGCCGUGUCAUGGGCGGCUUGUCGCAGUGACGAAGCGGAACCAAGUCGCGGCCGCCAAGGAGAAGUACUUCAAAGCGUGCAAGGCCGCGGACUCUGCGAUCCGCGUUCGCAACUCGACAAGGGAUAAAACCGAGAGCGAGAUUGCGGCCAAGAAGAACACACCGACGUUGCAGCACCCGCCGCUUGCCUUGCUAGAGGCCAAGCGCGAUGAAGUCGUCGCGGGACUGAAUCUCAAGAUCCAGGCGGCUCUCGAUCAAAGCAGCGCCGCCAAGGAGGUGUACAUUCAAGCAGACGCGGCGUGUCAAGCCGAGCGGUUGCGGCACGAGAGCGUCGUGGCGGACAUGUUGCGCAAGCUCGACGGGAUUGAAGUCCAGCGCGAAGAGCACGUCCAAAACCAAGUGUUUUUCCGACUUGCGGCCAUGUACCAGGACAUGGUGACGUGCUUGACCGCCACGCACAACGCGCUCUUUGACGAGUCCGAUGCUGCUUUCACGGCGGCGCGGGACGGCGUCGCCGAUUUUUCAGACGACUGCCACUCGCCCGACGACAUUCUGACGUACGCCACGGAUCAAGUGACCACCGACCUCGACACGUUGGCAAAACUGAGCGAAGUGUUUGCACUGACCCAAACCACAUUCGACGUGCAUGCCAAGCGACUGGAGCAAGUGGCAUCGAGUGCGUCGUGGGCGCUGAGUGACUUGGAUGGCGAGUUGCUCGCGCACGCAUGGGACAAGAUCCAGUCCAGCGUCCAAGUGUUUGCCCGCAUUCAUGGCGACUUCUCGAACGCGAUCGGAGGGUCGAUCCCGUCCGUGUGGAAAGAUUUGAAAGCCGCGCACGGCCAUGCCAAAAAGCAGUUGGCGUCGAUGGUCCAACGCAUUGUGUUGAAGCGGCAAGGCGUGUACACCAACGAACGGGACGCGACCGUCCGAUUCCAUCAAGCCAAACGCGAGCUGGACGCGAAACACGCCCAACUGCGUGCCGUCGAGCGCGAGGCCGUCGACGAAGCCAAGUCGCCCGACAAGGGAAUCAUGACGCUCGUGUCGCUCGGGUGGAAGGACCCUGCCAACGUUCGUCUCGUCAAACUCAAGCGGGUCUGUCAAGAGUUUGAAGAGACCGACAUGGCGAUGGCGGCCAAGCAACUCGCGUUUGCGAAACACGCCACCGUCGACUUUGACGUCCAGUAUCACGCGGCCGUCGCCGCCGUGCAUGGCGACUUUAUCAGCGCCCAAGCCCACGUGAUUUCGGCACUGGCCAAGAUCUCGUCGACGUGGCGAACGGCAUGCCGCGUUGCAGACACAUCGCUCGACCACAUCCUCCACGACGUCUUUGCUGCGAUCGAAGCCAUCGACCCGAUAGCAGACUUGACGGCGUUUGUCACCGCCAUGCAAAAAACGAACGCGAUGCCAGCUCCCGAGACGGGCAAGAUGGCGCGACUGGAGCUCUACACGAGCGACCUGAUCGAGAACGAGACACAGCCCCCACCGCCCGCCGCGCCAGUGGAGCCCGGCGACGCAACAAAGAUCGUGCACCUCCCGGCGACGAAUCAAGUCGAGUUUGGCGUGGUGCUGUUUUACAUGUGCGGCCUCUUGGCGUUGUACGCCGUUCAUCAAGUGCUUGGACGGGAGCUGGCCCAGAUGCAACUUGUCGUGGAAGAUUACCAUGCCUCCAUCGCGGGUCUCGACUCGAUGCUCGCGCGCAUUGACUGAGGUCGAUUAUUGCUGGCCACAGGCCUUUUGCAUGACAAAGAAGAAGUACCCGAGGCCAAUAUCUGCGGCCGUUUGAGCCAACAAUAUACAUGCGCACGCCAUUUUUUC